AUGGCCGUAACCCUCAUCUUCGAAGAGAAGUCUGUGGUCUUCGGGUGGACGGAGGGGACUGCAGCCAAAGAGUUCGGAACACAGCUGCGUUCAGCCGUUCAACAUCUAACAGGCCUCUCUUCCCUCGCCGAGCUGGAAAUCCUGGCAGACCGUCUUUCGCCAGAGCCAAGGGCAGAGAAGCUCUUGCUGCCGCCGCAGCGGAAAUGCCCCAGCGGCGCCAAGUUUCAGAAGGCCGGCGGAAGCCAGCUCCAAUUCCUGCAGAUGCUGGAGGGAAACAAAAACCCGAAGGCGCAGCUGGAAGAAGGUACAGUGCUCACCGCCGACGAAGUGGCAAGGCACAACCAAGUCGGAGACUGUUGGACCAUUUUUCAGGGCCGUGUCUACGAUAUUUCUGCCUACAUCGAUUUCCAUCCUGGUGGCAAAAAGCAGAUCAUGCAGGGGGCCGGGAAGGACAUGACUAGCCUCUUCCACAAGGCACACCCAUGGGUGAGUAUGGAAGGGCUGGUCGGCAAGCGUGGUUCCUGGAAGACGUGGCUCGUGCUCGCGCGUGCGACUCGAAUGUCUCACUCAGGCUGUGCCUUGGGCCGCUUAUUGUAA